GUACACCCAAAUCCGGAAAGACCUUUGUCGCUCUCUUGUUCGUGUGCAUGGAACCAUUCUUUCAGGAACACAACAAGUGCAAGUGCUAAGGUUUAUAAACGUAACGGAGUUCAGUUGCAACACCUACAAAUACGGACUCUUCCUUUUAUAAAUAAAAACUACCCUCCGAUUAAACUGCAAGUGGAAAACAGUAUGAAAAACAUUUUUGUAACGCAAUUUGAGUAAACUAGAGAUGAAAAUGCCAAUCACACACCUGUUAUAAGAGCAGAGUCGUGGAGACAGGAAUGAACUCAUUACAUAGAUGAAGUGGAUUGUCAGCUGGCACAGAAACAGCAGGAAUUCAAAGCCCUUGCACAGAGGAGGGCGGGGCUAUAGCUGAAACAGUAGGCGGUUUAUGAUCUCAACUGUGCUGGCGGGCCCUGAAGAAGUACCAGGCAGCGAGGAAGCGAGGAAACGAUCUAAAACAGAAAGAGGAGCUCACUGAAAAGCUGGAGAGACAUUGGACAUAUCAUUCUCACCUGAAAUCUUGGACCCUCUUUACCUGACAUAUUUCCCCCCAACCCCAAAGACUAAGUUGUUUGACCUUUAGUUGAAUCAAUUAUACCUGGAUCUGGAAAUCUAAUGUUUGGCAGAAAUAUUGAGACAUUUGAGUGCUCUUUCCAAUGAAUUAACAAAGCAUACAGUGUAUGUUGUGAGUGAGGUACAAUACAAUACGUAUGUUUGUUUCCUUAUCUGACUGUGAAUGUAGAUCACCUGGAGUAAGGGGCAGACUCCCUGGUGAUGACCAUCAUCCAUCGCCUUGAGACCCUGUCCCUCACCCAUCAUGAUCUAGUGGAGCAGCUGGGCCAGCUGGUGGAGGAGCUGGAGCAGGGCCAGCACAGCCUGGACAGUCUGAAGCAGGAGCACAACACCAACAAGCUGGCAGAUGAGAUGAGGAACAGGGAGCUGUCUGAACUGUUUACCCAGUGGGAUAGAGCCAAGGAGAAAAACAAACAGACUGAGAUUAACCUGAUGAUGCACCAAGGCCAGUCCCGAGACCAGGUUGAGGAAGUGGGUAGCAUGCUUAUAGCUGUGAAAAACCUUGCAGAACAGUGUUACUUACACCACUAUGGGCCUCUGGAAGAAAUGGACAUGUUGACAAUGAUGGAUAUGGUAAAGGAAUACAUUCAGGAGAGGGCAGACAGAGAAGAGAGCAACAUGACUGAUAGACGAGUGCCAGAGAACAGAGGAUCACUGAAAAACAUUAAACACAUGCUAACCUAGCCUCAUCAAGGUGGAAAGAAAAUAAUUCGACUAUUCUUUGAGACGCCUCAAGUAUGACGGAACCAGGACAGUUUGUUUCAAGUAGAGAAGAAAUAUCUACAUAUCUGCUGGAGGUGGAAGCUGCAAAGUAUCGGGAGAUUUGCAGCCAGUAUAAGUACAUGAGGAAAAUCAGGGGCGAUGGUAAUUGCUUUUACAGAGCCCUCUGCUUUGGACACCUGGAAUCAUUGUUACAAAAUGAUAGAGCUUUGCAAAGAUUCAAAGAAACAGUGAAACAAAGUAGCAAAGAAUUAUUGGCUGCAGGCUUUGAUGAGAGCUCUUUCAAAGACAUGCUUGACAUGUUUGUAGGUGUCCUAGAACAAUGUGAAGCUGAUGAGCAGGGUGACGCUUUGCUCCAGCUCUUUAAUGAGCAAACUACCUCCGACAGUAUGGUGCAAUACCUCAGGCUGCUCACCUCAGCCUACCUGCAAAACCAUGCCGACUUCUUCAGCCACUUUGUGGAGGCACCCAGUCUCAAGGUUUACUGCACUCGGGAAGUGGAAACCAUGGCGAUGGAGUGUGAUCACGUAGAUAUUCUGGCUCUGUCGGAGGCCUUAGGAGUUAGCAUCCACAUUGCUUCUGUGGAGGGGGGAGACGGACACCGCCUGGCCCACCACACGAUUCCAGAGGGAGCGGAGCCCUGCCUACACCUCUUAUACAAAACAGCCCACUAUGACAUUCUCUACCCACAUUGCCAUUGAGGUGCUUGAUGAAGGCCUCCACUUAUCUCAGGUUUACUGGUAGUUAAGUGUUCAAAUAAAUGUACAUUGUGAUUAAGAAGUUUCUCAAACAAAAAUGUUUCUAGCAUUGUUUUGUCAUUUACAGUGAACGCAUAUGCGGUAGACUCCGCUCGACUUUCUUGAAUGUCCAAAAAAAAGUAUUUAUUCAAAAACACGACUGAUAUCUUCUAAAAUCAUUUGUGAAAAUGUUAAUAAUUGCACUGUAUUUCCCAUUUAUAUAAAUUCAAUCUCAAACAUUCUAA